GCCCCUCCACCCCGACCCAUUGCUCCACACAGACACACACACUCCGAUCAGUCAUCAGUCUCAUCACAGUAGCAGCGCACUAGCUUCAGCUAGCCACUCUCCUCCACUUGGUACAUCUCCUUGCAUCAACGACAGCUAGCAAUGGCCACCGCUGAUGUCCAGAACCCGACAGCCGCGCUGACCGAGGAGGCGCCCGCAGUGGAGACGCCGCCGCCGGCCGUCGCCGCCGAGGAGGUCGCGAAGACGGAGGAGGAUCCCGCGCCGGUGGAGACCGCAGCCGAGGUGCCUGCACCCGUCGAGGCCAAGGAGGCGGAGCCGGCAACUGCUGAGGCGGAGGAGACCAAGGAGCCAGAACCAGCAGCCGAGACCGAGGCGCCCAAGGAACCAGAGGUAGAGGCACCAGCCCCAGUCGAGGCAGAGACCAAGGAGGCCGAGCCCGAGGCAGUGGCGGAGCCGGCGGUCGCCGAGGAGGUGGCUCCUGCCGAGCCAGAGGCCGCCGCUCCCGUCGUCGCUGAAGAAGCACCGGCGGCACCGGCACUGGCACCGGAGGAGGCACCCGCGGCAGCGGCGGAGGCCGAGCCGGCCAGCGAGUGAGGCCGCGCGUGAGAGUUGGCUCAGCGUCGCGUGCCUGCCAUGCCACGGUGGCAGUCGUGUACUCCUACGUGGCACGGCGUGAUGCUUAGUCAGCCAGCAGACUGGACUGGAGUGGAGUGCUACUACUUUUUACUAGGUGUCGGGUGGUGUGCGCGGUGUCGCGUGACGUGGGCUAAAAUAAAGUGUGGUCGAGUGUGGAUGCCCAGUGUCACCGGCACUGCAUCUUUGUCGUA